AUGGAACAUGAACAAAUUUAUCCAAAACCAGGUUGGUGUGAACAUGAUGGGAUUGAAAUCAUGGAUAAUAUCCGAACAUGCAUCGAAAAAGCAUUAUCUCAGAGUGGGAUUAAAUCAUCACAACUUGAAGCAAUUGGGAUUACGAAUCAACGUGAGACAAGUAUUAUUUGGGACCGUCUCACGGGUAAACCAUUCUAUCAUGCUAUUGUAUGGCAUGAUACACGUACGAAAGAGAUUGUUGAGAAGUUAAAAAAUGGACAGGGAAAUGGUGUUGGUGGGAGAGGAAUUGAUCGGUUUCGUUCAAUCACAGGUCUUCCUCUUGCAACGUAUUUCUCCAGUGUAAAAAUCCAAUGGCUACUAGAUAAUAUCCCACAGUUACGAGCAAAAGCUGAAUCUGGGGACGCUCUAUUUGGAACUAUGGAUACAUGGAUAAUAUGGAACCUUACAGGUGGCUGGGAGAAUGGGAUACAUGUCACAGAUGUGACAAAUGCAUCUCGUACCAAUCUUAUGCGACUGGAUACCCUUGAAUGGGACGAGAAGAUCCUACAAUGUCUAAAUAUUCCAAAACUUAUGUUACCACGUAUACAUUCUAGUUCGGAAAUAUAUGGAUUUGGUCCGGAAAAUAGUAUACUAUCAAGUAUACCCAUUGCAGGUGAUUUAGGUGAUCAACAAGCGGCACUUUUUGGUCAAACGUGUUUUUUACCGGGUGACGUAAAAAACACCUAUGGUACCGGUUGUUUCUUGAUGAUGAAUACCGGUACAAAACCGGUUGUAUCAACCAAAGGAUUAAUUACGACCAUUGGGUAUCAAAUUGGUACGAAACCUACUGUCUAUGCAUUAGAAGGUUCGAUCUCAUAUGCUGGUUCAUUAGUCCAAUGGUUACGUGAGAAUCUCAAGUUAAUACAUGAUACAAAUGAAAUUGAAGAAUAUGCCAAACAAGUGGAAGAUAAUGGUGGGGUAUAUCUUGUUCCAGCAUUUUCUGGAUUAUUUGCACCUCAUUGGCGAGAUGAUGCACGUGGUGUCAUGGUUGGGCUCACUUCAUAUGCAACUCGUGAGCAUAUUUGCCGCGCUGCAUUAGAAGCUACUGCAUUUCAAACACAGGAGGUUGUUACAGCCAUGGAGAGUGAUAGUGGAGUGCAUCUUACACAACUCAAGGUUGACGGCGGUAUGGUCGUGAAUGAGACGCUCAUGCAGUUUCAAUCGGAUCUAUUGAAUGUCCCUGUUGUCCGUCCUGUUGUAACGGAGACGACGGCAUUAGGUGCUGCCUAUGCUGCUGGUCUCGCCGUCGGUUUUUGGAAGACGGAAAAUGAAUUGCGUGAAAAUUGGCAGAUUAGUACGACGUGGAAUCCAGAUAUGGAAGCAGAUAAGCGCAAUCAUUUGAUUUUGCAGUGGAAUAAAGCAGUUGAACGCACGCUCAACUGGGAGGAUCAGAAAUGA